GUUCUAACUUAUAAGUGACCAACAUUCCAAAAAAAAUUCUACUAUAAUUGUAUAUUUGAAAAAAACAUUUAGACUCAGAUCUGGAGAUGUUGCUAUCAGAAUCUUAUACUGCUGGAGGUUUCAAAAGACGUUCUGGUUGUAGAGCCUCAAGUCUGCACAAGCAAAAGUCAUUAUGGAAUUAGCAGAUAGAACGAUUGGGCUGCUUUUGACAGUGACUAGUUUGUCCAUUUUCACAUAUUAUACCUUUUGGGUCAUCAUUCUGCCGUUGGUUGAUACUGAUCAUUUUGUGCACAAAUAUUUUCUACCUCAAGAGUAUGCAAUUCUUAUUCCCGUAUUUGCUGGAAUGGCACUCAUUUGCCUGCUGAGCAUGUUUAUUGGAUAUGUGAUGCUCAAGUCCAAAAAGAAGAAGGCAUGACACAAUCUUGCUAAGCCUGCUGGUAGCUGUUUGGAUUAUAUGAUAGUUCAUACUUUUGCUCUUGAACAGCUCGUGUCACAUAAAAUUCUCUAUUCAUAUGUUGACAGUGAUCUGAAAAUUCUAGUUAUGCCUUCUAGUAGUCACUACAUAUAGACAACAAGCUCUAUUUUGUGUUUGUAGCUUUUUAGGAAUGUCUGUUACCUAUAAUAACUAUUCAGUAGUCUAGUCGUUCAUGGCUUUGAAGAACUAAGGAGGAGGGGUUUAGAUUGAAAAGUAAGGAGACCCCUGCCAUUACAAAAACUGACUAUAUUUUGAUAAAUAUAUGGAGGUCGAUGUUUCCACUUUGGUUGGGGACUGGAGCAUCUUUUCUUUGUUAUUCAUGAUUCAGCAAUCUCAUCUUGUCUUCGUUUGGUUGGUGGAAUAAAGGAUUAUAAUCUAUUUAGUACUUGACUUAGUUGUGCAAAUAUCUUUUACACCAUCAAUGCAUACAAUUUAAACUCAUUUACUAUUGAAUGCAGACCAAUACUUGUAACUCA